AUGGAGCGAUGGAUCAUCAUCAUAUCGUUGAUUUUUGCACUGAUUACCAUGUGUGAAGGUACUCUUUGUGGAAUUAUCAAUGGUUUGGUUCCAAAGUCGGAUGUUCUCGUUCAUUGUAAAUCCAAACAAGACGAUCUUGGCGUUCACCUAAUUCACUACAAUGAUACCUAUGAGUUUGAAUUCAAGCCCAACAUUUGGGGAACUACACAAUUCUACUGCAGCUUCACGUGGCCAUCCCGAAUUGAAUGGUUCGACAUUUACAAACACCAGAGGGAUGAACUGUUGUAUUGUUUGUGGAUGGUCAAGCCUGGUGGUCCGUGUAGGUACAAUCGUUAUAGCAAGAGCUUUGCUGAUUGCUAUAAAUGGAACAACAAAAUUUGA